AUGCCUAUCAUGUACAACACUGGCGAGUGGUUCAAGGUGCGGCCGGACUACUACAGAAAAGUGGAACUGGCUACGCCCGAUUGGCCCAUCGAUCUAGACUUGGAGUACAUGCUGGUAGAGGCAGCGCCCUAUGGAGGUCCCAUUGCUACCACCCGUGAUCCCACCAAAUUGGUGCCCGUGAAAGGAAGCGCAAGACCAAUGAUCCGCAUCUUCGACACCACCGGCCGGGAAACCGGACACAUAUUGUGGAACCACGGAAAACUAAUUGCCAUGGGCUGGUCGGACACAGAGGAGCUUAUCUGCGUCCAGGAGAACGCCACUGUCUUUGUUUACGACAUGUUUGGUCACGAAAAGGAGACCUACAGCAUUGGCGACGAGGCCAGCGUAACAAAGAUUGUGGAGGCCAAGGUGUUCCAGUCGACAGCAGGCACGGGAGUAGCCGUCAUGACUACAUCCGGUCGAAUUUUUCUUAAGCAAAAUAGCACUAAAGCGGAGCGGAAACUGCCAGAUAUUCCCAAUUCUAGCAUGAACUGCUCCUGCUGGGAUAUCGUAACGGAGGGCCGCAACAGUUAUUGUCUUCUGGGCAGGGACAAAGAAGUGAUUAAGCUGUUUCCCGGUGAAACAGUGGGCACAAUCACCGCCAAUCUCUUUGAAAAGCCCCAUGAGCGAAUCAUCAAGAUAUCUGUGUCGUACAACCACCAGCACUUGGCUCUGUAUACCAACACUGGACUCCUCUGGCUGGGAAGCGUCGACAUGCGGCAGAAGUACUGUGAAUUCGAUACUGGUCGCAAGGAUAUGCCCCUUCAAAUGGAAUGGAUCAUGAACACGGACAACACCGAAGCGGAUGCAGUAGUCAUAUCUUAUCCCUCGUAUCUUUUAAUUGUAAAUCGCAAUGCUGAUCGCAGCGAUUUCCCCUACGAUCCGAUCAUGUUUCUCGUGGCCGAAAUGGAUGGCGUGCGCAUCAUAACCCAGAACUCGCACGAGAUGAUCCAGCGCCUGCCAAAGUGCGUGGAAAACAUCUUUGCGGUGAAUAGCCAGGAACCGGCCAGUUAUCUGUUUGAAGCACAGAAAAAGUUCGAGGAGAAGUCCUACAAGUCGGAUGAGUAUCUAAGCAUGUGUCGUGAGAGGAUUGAUUUGGCGGUGACCGAGUGCAUUGAGGCAGCCUCUUAUGAGUUUUGUCCGGAGACCCAAAAGAGUUUGCUCAGGACAGCCAACUUCGGUAAAGGUUUUAUAAUCGGUCACAAUCCUGACGAAUACAUGCGCAUCAUGAGAAUACUGAGGGUCCUAAACACCCUAAGGCACGAACGAAUUGCCAUGCCACUUACAUUCAAGCAGUUUUCACAUCUUAAUCCUGAGGUGAUACUCAGUCGUUUGGUGUUUCGCAAGCACUAUGCUGUUGCCAUUCAAGUGGCCAAGCAUUUAAAUCUGCCCGAGUCCUGGAUUUUAGAGCACUGGGCCUACCACAAAGUGAUCAAUGAUCCCAAUGACAUAGAAGUAGCGCGGAAAAUAACCGAGAAGUUUAAGAAUCCUUCUGUGGAGGGUAUUUCUUUUUGCAAUAUAGCGGCAAAAGCUCAUCAGGCUGGGAGGGAUGACCUGGCCAUCAAGCUAUUAGAAUUGGAGCCACGGGCUUCGCUCCAUGUCCCCCUGCUUUUGAAAAUGCGCAAGUUCGAUCGUGCGGUAGGCAGUGCCACGCAGUCGGGUGACACAGAACUCAUUACGCGGGUACUUUUGGAAAUGAAGAUGCACAUGAUGUUGUCCAAUUUGCAUAUGACCAUUAGGGAUCAUCCAUUGGCCCUAAAUAUGUACAAGAAGAUCAUGCGGGAAUCAAAUAGAGCCGGCCUCUAUGGCAUCUAUAACACUGAAGAUGACCAGAAGGCCAUUGCGGAGUAUCAUUUCCAGAACGCCAUAGAAAGCGAAGGGCUGGAGUCGAAUUUGUCUCUGAUUGGCAAUGCCUAUGCUGCAGGUCGAUGCACACUGGAGGCGGAACUUUGUGCCGAUACCAGUCGAUUGCUGAAACUCCAGAAGACUCUGAGCACCAAGUACAAUGCCAGUUUGAACGGUUUGUCCGUUCAUGACACCAUUCUGGGAUUGCUGCAGAUCGGCGAAUUGAAGGAAGCGGAGCGCAUCAGGAGCGACUUUAAGGUGCCUGAGCGCCGAUUUUGGUGGCUGCGAAUCCUCAUCCUCUCCGAACACCACAAAUGGGAGGAACUGGAGAAGCUGGCCAAGAGCAAGAAGAGUCCCAUUGGCUACGAUCCUUUUGUGGAGGUCUGCUUAAAGCAGAACAAUACAAGUGAGGCGCUCAAAUACAUCCCAAGGUGUCGGGACAACCGGAAGGUGCACUGGUUCAUUCGGGCGAACUUCCUGAACGAGGCCAUAGAUUGCGCCUUCGAGCAACGGGACGUGCAUAGUCUAUACGAACUACAAAAGAAGGAGGGAGUGGUCAACGAUCGGACGUUGCUCGGCAAGGUAUGCAACUAUAUCUCCACGUUGGAGAUGAGGAAGUAAAUCGCAACAUUCCUAUAUAUAAUGAAUAAUAACUCUAAUAAAAAUAUUUAUUGAUGUAUAUA